AUGAAUUCACACUUGACGCGCUCUAAAAUGAACGAUUUCCACGAGCAAAUUCGUUCUCUGACUGACGAGAAUGUGCAGCUUAGAGACAAAAAUGAACAGCUAUUCAGUAAGUUGGGUACUCUUCAGAACAAACUGGGAACCAUAGGGGCCUCAAGAACCGACUUAUCUACCAAACUUGUGUUCAGUGAGGAGGAAAAACUAAAGAUGUCAAAAGAGCUUGUGGAAGUUCAGAUUAGGGCGAAUAAGAUGCGAGAGCAAUAUGAGGCGGAGAACUUUGAGUUAAAGAAUAAGCUUUUGUCCCAAGAGGGUGUGGCCUUGGCUCUGGAGAGCGAGCGUGAUCGGUUAAGGCAGGAGCUCCAGGGGGCAUCAGUGCGGGCACAGGCGGCCGAGGUCAACAGCAAGGAGCUGGUCGAGGAGUACGGCACGCUGAAGAGGAACUUUCUGAGCGUGUGCGAGGCCUACGAGCGAGCUGCUACACACACCGAGCAGUUGAGCGCUGAGCUGCUCGCACUUGCCAACACCCAUGACACCCUGCUCCAGGAGAGGGACCACGCCCAGCGACGCGCUCGACAAAAGGGCGAAGAGGUGGAACGUGUGAGGGCACUGGUCAGCAGAGUCAGUCACAGCAGAGUGAGGCCAGAAGAGCUGGCCUUGGGUCAGACCAAGAGCCCCCAGGAGAAAAAUCUGCUGGAUAAACAGAGCGAGCUGAAGGAUGAGCUGGAGAAAAUAAGGAAAAGUUAUGAAGAGCAACAACACAGACUGGAAGAGAAAGUGGUUGCCAUGGGGAAAGAGCAGCAGGAAAAUAAGAGAGCAAUCAGAAACACACAACACACACUUGCUGAGCAGUCUGUGACUCUUCUGGCCUCCCAGCAGCAGCAAAAGGAGCUGGAAGCUGAAAACUCUCAGUUGCAAAAUCAACUGAAAGAACUAAACCAGGAGUACAGAGCCCGGCUCCACAAAUAUCUACAAGACCUGUCGGAGUUCAUGGCUGGUUUGAGGGAGGGCGUAGACCAGAAGGAGGCAUCUUACUGGUCCAGGCUGCAUGGACAUGUGGAUGGGAUGUUGAAUGACAUGAGAGUGGCCUAUCGCAGGAGAGAGGAACAACUGGCCAGCGCAGCACGCAACUACCGCCGCAAAAUACGCACUCUCAUGAACACACACGCGUCCCUGCUUGCUGCUUACAGGGUUCAGCGGGAGCAGAUCCUGUCCCAUGAGAGCUCAGGGCUGGAGCCCGGGCCCCCAGAGGCCCACUUCUCUCUCGGGGAACACGAGGGGGAGGCUGAGAAAGAGUUGCACAACCUACGCAUGGACAAAGCCCGUCUAGAGAGCCAACUCAAGCACACACGGGAACAGGAGAGCUGGGAGAGGGAGCGGGCUCAGCUCCUCACACAGGCUACCGUUGCUGAGGAACAGGUCUCAGAACUGCAGGAGUAUGUUGACAACCACUUGGGCAGGUAUAAGCAGGAGAUCACUCGACUGCGAGGGCUUCUGGGGUUGGGGGCGGGACGAGCCAGUAGUGCAGAGCUCCCGAAGACACGCCUCCUCCGCCGCUCGAUCAAAAACACCAGCUAUGAGAUUUAG